UUUUUUUAACACAAAUGCAAAAUGCAAAUGACCCAGCUGGGUCCAGAAUUUGAAUCUGUAAUUGUUGCUACAAUUAUGUUUUUGGCGGGUGGGGCACUUAGUUUCUUUUGUUGUUUUUGUAUUACACAUGGUUAUCUUUGGCAUAAAAGAAGAAUUUAUAGGAGAAGAUUAAAAAAUGAAUGGAGUGAAGGUAAAAAGUGGAUUAUAGAUCGGGAAUUUUAAAAGACUUGGUUAAGGACAGGUCCGUAGCCAGGAAAAAUUUUCGAGGAGGUGGGGGCAGAAAGGGGAAUCAUUUUCGGCGCCCACUGAAUAUGGACCUGGAUGAGGACCUUGACCCGAUUUUUGGCCUUAAGUCAAGUAAAAAUCAAGGG